CUCUAGAAGAAGUUGGACUUGAUAUAUCUCCUGCAGAUGGCUCAUCAAUUUAUGUUGGCAACCUAUCAGAACGUGUGGUGACUACCUCAUGGGGGACCAUACCGUGAGGCGACCAUUUCCCCAUUGGCUACCUUUCCCACGACACGAAGGAUUACUGACGUUAGCUUUCACCUUUGUAGGCUCAUGGUACUCUGCCCUUUCGUGUUUCUUAUCACUCGUCCCGACGUGCCUCCGUUGAAGCUUCAGCAGUCUGAAGUAGCAUCUGCUCAUUGGGUCUCUCUACGGGCGCUGCUAGCACCCUCGCAACGAACGGUAGAACGAUGCGAUGUAUCGGAUCGGUUGAUCCGCCAAAGCGGUCAUCUUACGAGAGCAUUCUUCCGGGCGAUGCUAGGUCAAAUGGUCUUUGCUGCAGUCCGACUAAGGCCAACCGAAAGUCUCUAUUCCAGCCGAGCACCUGGUUUCUUACCUAGCUAUGAUGGCUGCGAUGAAGGGGACACGAUUGUCCCGGGCGCAGUAGAGGGGAGACAUGAUUCUCAUGACGAAACAAAGAGCCAGGCUGCGGCUAGAGGUCGAGCUGUCGGCCAAAUUAGUGCAGAGCCUCCGACCCCGACGUUGUCAACUUCGCCGUCGCGCGCACUUGCAAAGCGACCCUUGCUUACCACAUUGAAGGAAUGGUGGCUUGGCGAUCAUGCUGGUUCAGCUAACAUGGAUCGACCACUCUUGCUCUGGGGCCUUACGCUCGGUGUUCUCGCCGACUUCCUCGAAUUGCUUCCCCCACACGACGCCCUUGGUCUGUGGAGCUAUCCGACAUUUACGCCUUGGGACGUUAGAUUUACAAUUAGAGUGAUGACGUUCUUUUUCCGACGAAGGAAACAAUGCGAAUUGGAAGAGGAACAAAGACUGGCAAGGUCGGAACAAGUGACCAAGCAAAGCGGCGGUGGCAAUGAGGAGCAAAAUAUGGCUGUGGGGCAAACAAAAGAUAUUGAUUCUGCAGAAACAAUGGAAUCAGCGGCUGCCCUUUCCGAGCCCCCCGCAGUGGCCGUGGAAGAAGGUUUAGACGCCGUCGGAUUAGUGAGAAGAUCAGAAGGAGGAAUCACUCAAAAUGUGAGAGAACGGUCCUGGCAUAGACCGCGUUCGAGCGCUGUUGGGGUCCUUUUGGACGGAUACUAUACUUAUGUUCGACGCUCAGUGGCGCUGGCGCUGCUUGGUCGAUUUACAUUUUUAGGCUUGAUCCUUGUUCAUCUUUUUAGGCGUUGGCAAAAACAAUAAGCGUAAAACAAAUUUAAGUGUGUACAUUUGUCGGCGCGGUCUUCUAUCGUUUUUGCUUCCUUCAGAACAUGAGUAGGAAAUUUAGUCGGUUCAAGUAUAGACACAUAAAUUGUCAGGCUUGGCCUUCUCAAUGAUGCAAGCGUCUCUCGUAGAGCGCAUUGGCCUCCGGGACAUAUUCAAAUGGCAAUCUAUAAACCUACCUACCUUAGGUAGGUAGACACUCCAAGCUUCCCUCGCCCCCUCCGAGCAAGAAAUAUACGUCCGGAUUGUGCAGAGAGUGUGUAUAUAUAACUGAUAUUGGG